AUGGUUAAUGGUGAAAUAUGUCCUUCAUUUAGAGAUGCAUGUUAUGCUCUCGGCCUCUUAGAUGAUGAUAAAGAAUACAUCGAAGCUAUUAAGGAGGCAAGUCAGUCUGGAUCCGGUUAUUACUUACGUUUCUUAUUCGCUACCAUGUUAUUAUCUCACAACUUGUCUAGCCCGGAUGUUGUGUGGGAAAAUACAUGGGUAUACUUGUCGGAUGGAAUUCUUUACAAUCAACAACAAAGAUUAAAAUCUCCAGAUUUAUCACUUAAUGAAGAUCAAAUUAAGAACCUGGCUUUGUUUGAGAUUGAACAAAUUUUACUUCGUAACAAUUCAAGUCUCAAAAAAUUUACAAGGAUGCCUUUGCCCGAUGCUGAUUCUGUAUCCUCUUCAAACAAUCGUCUUAUUAGUGAGGAGCUAGAUUAUAACAUACCAAAUUUAAAGAAUGAGUUUGAUCAGCUUUCUAUUGCAUUAACAUCUGAGCAACAAAACAUUUUUGAUGAUAUCAUGACUGCAAUAAACAAUAAUGAAGGAGGUGUUUUCUUUGUCUACGGUUAUGGUGGAACGGAGCUGAGUCGGCAUACACCAUGCCCUCAGCUCGACAUGCCGAGCUCUAUGCAUGCUCUAAUUCCUUUUGUUUGGCAUCCUGUUCGGCAAAAUGAGAUAGAGGUGGAGAAGGCUCAGAUGGAGCUCGGUUGGGCCGGCACACCACGCCGCGAACUCGAGAGGUGUUGCUCGGCAACCCUACUCGGUAGUGCCUUACAAAGCUACUCCCUCUUCCACCUACCAAUCAAUCUUCUCUUUGGUGUGGCAAACACUUAUAUCUUCUAA